AUUAAGAAUGUUUACGACAAAACGACGAAACAAGAUGCAGUCGAAACAAAUGCUUAUUUUGAUACUCACGUGAAGAUAGAGCUAAAGAAUGACUACUUAUCAUCUAUUCCCGAUAUGAAGCCAGCCGCAAAACUCGUCGGCCAAAUAUCAUACCCGAAACUAGGGCCUCAAAGAAAAGAAAUGGAAGCAGUGAUUGCAUGGUAUCACGGCCGAGAACUAGACUACACUACCGGUUUUAUGAGAUACGGAGUCAGAUAUCAGAAUGGGCGCCUGAUUGUACCACUUACAGGAACGUAUAAUAUUUAUUCCUUCCUAAGCCUUACAGAAAACGAUGAUUCACCAGAUGUUCCGUUUGAUACAAGCAGAAAUGCAACCCUUGUGAAGCAUGCAAUGUACAAGUAUAAUGUUAAGCUGGGCAAGGACGUGGAACUGGUUUCUUCUAUACAAACACACCGGGAGUCGACCAAUCGAAAUUUCAAUGCUUUCAGUUCACAAAUCUCCACGUUGGUACAAUUAGAGGCUGGAGAUGAAAUUUCUGUGAAAAUAAGCGACAUUUUGCUAAUAUCCUAUCCAGGUGAUAACUUUUUCGGUCUGCACAUGAUCUGACUAUCUCUGAAGUUAUCACCUGGGAACAUAGAAAUGUCCACCACGUGGAACUGCGUGCUCGCCGCGUGGAUGCUUGCUACAGAAGGUUCCACAAACGUUCAUCAUAGCUCAAUGAGGUAUAUUAUUUCUGCGUAAAGGGCAGAGUAAAAUAAUUCGCAAGCACUAUACCCAAAAAACGCAAUUAUGUUUUUGCAAAUAAUUUCCAAGACUCAUUCUUGGAAGCGGAGCAAUUUUGUAUAUUCGCCGAUCAAUGCAAAACCAAUAAAUCAUAUGACAUUACCAUCCUCGUUGAUAAUAAUAACUGUUUAUUUUAGGACAUGCAUUAUGUUUUAAAGUCGAAUGUGAAGUGGAUGUUUAGGUGAACCAAAAAAUCUGAUGAGACGAUUGUUUUUAUUUUAUGACUCGAUGUAACGUUUUGUUGUUUUAGAACGCAUUUCGUGAUUUUUAUUUAUUUCACCUAAAUAUCAAGCAAAUUACUUGCUGUUUGCUGUUAUAAAUGUUAUGGUGUUCGAACCUGUCAUCUCCUCGUAAACGUGAUUUAAACUGUGAACACUAGAGAUUGCUGUCAGCAUACAACAUACUCCAUUAGUGCUGUUGAAUUAUUUAAUCGAAUUUUGUAUAUUUGUUUGUAGUUAUUGUUCGCUUACAUGUGACAUAAUACGUCUCUUCAACGAUUGGUGUUUAACGCAUAUAGCAUUAAUUAUUGGAAAUAUAUAAUUUUGUAAUGUAAUUUUGAAGUUCUUCACAAAUCAUUUUCGCCAUAAGCUUAAUGCCGGCCGAUCGAGUAGGUUAAAACCCGGAUUCAGAAAAUAUAUCCUCAUACAAAAUAAUUCAACGUCUUUUGCCGAAAAACAUCCGAGAUGUCAGUAUUAUAUGGUUUGAAACAAGCGAGACUUAGCGCAACAUUUUUUCGGGAAUAGGCGAAUCAAAA